GGCAGCAGCCGUAGCUCCGCGGAGCAGUUGGCUACAGUUGUUGCAACUUUUUUCGAAAGCUGCGUUUCCCGGGAGAUCCCAGGCGGUGACAGAGCCGGGCCAUGGCUAGAGGCAGGAAGAUGUCCAAGCCCCGCGCGGUGGAGGCGGCGGCGGCGGCGGCGGCGGUGGCAGCGACGGCCCCGGGCCCGGAGAUGGUGGAGCGGAGGGGCCCGGGGAGGCCCCGCACCAACGGGGAGAAUGUAUUUACCGGGCAAUCAAAGAUCUAUUCCUACAUGAGCCCCAACAAAUGCUCUGGAAUGCGUUCCCCCCUUCAGGAAGAGAACUCAGUUGCACAUCACGAAGUCAAAUGCCAGGGGAAGCCAUUAGCCGGACUCUACAGGAAACGAGAAGAGAAAAGGAACAGUGGGAACGCAAUCCGAAGCACCAUGAAGUCCGAGGAACAGAAGAUCAAAGACGCCGGGAGAGGUCCCCUGGCACCUUUUCCAAACCAAAAAUCCGAAGCAGCAGAACCUCCAAAAACUCCGACCUCGUCUUGUGACCCUCCCAUCGCAGCCGUCGCCAAGCAGGCCCUGAAAAAGCCCGUCAAGGGCAAACAGGCCCCUCGGAAGAAAGCUCAAGGAAAAACACAACAGAAUCGCAAACUCACGGAUUUCUACCCCGUGCGAAGGAGCUCCAGGAAGAGCAAAGCUGAGCUGCAGUCUGAAGAGAGGAAAAGAAUAGAUGAGUUGAUUGAAAGCGGGAAGGAAGAAGGCAUGAAGAUUGACCUCAUCGAUGGCAAGGGCAGGGGCGUGAUCGCCACCAAGCAGUUCUCCCGGGGCGAGUUCGUGGUAGAAUACCACGGGGACCUCAUCGAGAUCACCGAUGCCAAGAAGCGGGAGGCUUUGUACGCACAAGACCCCUCCACGGGCUGCUACAUGUACUAUUUCCAGUAUCUCAGCAAAACCUACUGCGUGGAUGCGACUAGAGAGACAAAUCGCCUGGGAAGACUGAUCAAUCACAGUAAAUGUGGGAACUGCCAAACCAAACUGCACGACAUUGACGGCGUGCCUCACCUCAUCCUCAUCGCCUCCCGCGACAUCAAGGCCGGGGAGGAGCUCCUGUAUGACUAUGGGGACCGCAGCCGGGCUUCCAUCGAAGCCUAUCCCUGGCUGAAGCAUUAACCACCCCGCCCUCCCCGCCCCCCUCCCUUCUUCCAUGGACAAAGUGCCCUCAAAGGGAAUUGAUUUUUUUUUUUACACACUUAAAAUCUUAGCAGAUUACUUCAGAUGUUUUUAAAAAGUAUAUUAAGAUGCCUUUUCACUGUAGUAUUUAAAUAUCUGUUACAGGUUUCCAAGGUGGACUUGAACAGAUGGCCUUAUAUUACCAAAACUUUUAUAUUCUAGUUGUUUUUGUACCUUUUUUGCAUACAAGUCAAACGUUUGUGCUUCCCGUGCAUGCAGUCAAAGACGCAGCACAGGCUUUAGAGGAAAGAGUGGACAUGAAUUAGGAAGCUGGGCGACCCUCCUGCCUCCAGCCCCAGAGCCAGGACUCUCUUCCCCACGCCCCCGACGGCCGGCGGCCGAGUGCAGGCGAGUCCCGGAAGACGCUGCCUCCCGAGGCCCGGACGGGGUGUUCCCAAGCUCUUGUUUUCCUGACGUCUGGACAGGCGCACAAGGAAGUGUAUGAAUAUUUUUUAAAAAGGUUUCGCAGUAAGCUAGUCUUCCCCUCUGCUUUCUCGAAAGCUUACUGACCCAGUGGCCCGUGAGCGCGGUUCACUCUUCCGCAGGCCGCCGCUUCUCUGGGCGCCUCCGCGCAUCAGGGCGGGCAGUCAGAGUCGACGUGGGCAGGGAAAAGCGUUGCUUGCCUAGCCCUGCCGGGGCAGGGUUUCCCAAAACUGGGUUGAUUCUUUAUAGAAAUGUGAACACUGAGUUUAUUUUAAAAAACAAUAAUAAAAAUUUAAAAAUUUAAAAAGACAAAAAAAAAAAAAAAACCACAGAAAACAACUUACAUGUAUAUAGGUCUUGAAGUGAGUGAAGUGGCUGCAUUUUUUUUCUUCUUUCUCUUUCUCUUUUUUUUUUUUUUUUUGGUUUUUGUUUUUGUAGAAGAGAUUUGAGAUGGUACUCUAUUCUAAUCAAAAAUAAAAGUUUUGUAGUGGGA